CGAUUCUAUAAAUACAAAAAUAAUAACGAAAAAAUGCCUAGACAGAAGGUAAAAAAUGCAACAGCCAAGAAAUCAUCCGAGAAAAAAACAGCUGGUAACUACUCUGAUGCACCAGAUCGAAGAGUCACUCGAGCUUCAGCAAAUUCCACAUCAAGAGUAACUCGAUCCCAUAAAUUCUUCCCUGAAGAAACAUCCAAAAAAUUGAAACGGGAACAAAAUGUAAAACCGGCUACUAAAUCAAACACACGAAACAAACACACGCCACAAUCGUUGGACGUCGAAACUUCUGUAAAAUCGAGCGAUGGUCAACAGAAUAACUGUGUUGUAAAAAUUGACAUAUUGAAAAAGCACGAAAAAAAUCCUGUGAAAGAACUCGUGGUAGCUUCAGGAGAGGAAAUGAAUAACAAUGAAAACGUUCACAUAUCGGAAGAAGAAACCCCGCCACAAUCGUUGGAUGUCGGAACUCCUGUAAAAUCGAGCAAUAGUCAACAUAAUGACUACGUUGGAAAAAUUGACGUAUUGAAGAAGCACGAAGAAACCCCGACACAAUCGUUGGACGUCAAAACUUUUGUAAAAUCGAGCGAUAGUCAACAGAAUGACUAUGUUGGAGAAAUUGACGUAUUAAAGAAGCACGAAGAAAUCCCGCCACAAUCGUUGGACGUCGAAACUCUUGUAAAAUCGAGCGAUAGUCAACAGAAUGACCAUAUUAAACAAAUUGAGGUAUUGGAGAAGCACGAAGAAAACCCUGUGAAAGAGCUCGUGGUAGUUUUAGGAGAGGAAAUGAACAACAAUGAAAAUACUCACAUAUCGGAAGAAGAAACCCCGCCACAAUCGUUGGAUGUCGGAACUCCUGUAAAAUCGAGCAAUAGUCAACAGAACGACUACGUUGGAGGAAUUGACGUAUUGAAGAAGCACGAAGAAAUCCUGCCACAAUCGUUGGACGUCGAAACUCUUGUAAAAUCGAGCGAUAGUCAACAGAAUGACCAUGUUAAACAAAUUGAGGUAUUGGAGAAGCACGAAGAAAACCCUGUGAAAGAGCUCGUGGUAGCUUUAGGAGAGGAAAUGAACAACAAUGAAAAUGUUCACAUAUCGGAAGAAAAAAAUCUCGAUAGUAAUAGUCUCGUGAUUCAAAGAGAACCCGAAAACAACACAUCCAAACGGCUCUCUCUGAAUGAAAUCGCGAUCAGUUUCGAUGAUUCAGAAUUUGAGACUGGAAACAUCGUCCCAAUUGAGUUGCAAAAUAUAAGUGACGUCAUGAAUAAUCUCGAUGACCCAGAAUUGAACAUGAGUAAUGAGGUAGACGAGAUGGUACAGAAAAAAUGGGAUGAUUGUGAGAACUCGGAAAAUUUUGAAGGCAUUGAUCCCUUUCGUAUUCAUCAGAUGGAUCCCUCAUGUUUUUAUGAGUCGAACAUUGAUGUAAUUGGAAAUUACGAAACGGUGGAUUCUUCACACCUUACUAAUGAAAAUGACGAAGAAAAUCAUCCUGGUAUAAAUUCCACCAGCGAGAAUCCAAAUGAAACAUAUGUUUUAAAACACCAACAGGAUUUUCCAUCUCCUAGCGAGCUCGAAGCUGCCACAGCUGAAAAUAUUCAAAAGGAAGAUAAUUCACAACUUGAUGAGGACGAUGAUGAAAGUCACAAUAAGACUGCUAACUUUACCAACGAGGAUCCAAAUGAUGACACGUUUGAUAUGUCUAAUCACGAAGAGGACGUUACAAACAAUACUGAUCAACUUUCUCAGUCAAAUACCGAAGGAGAGAUUGCCGAGUCAGACAUAUCAACACUACGGAAUGCAUCUCAUGAUCUUAAUGCAGUCAAGACUGUAGGUGCUAUUGACGAUAAAGCGCAGUUUGUUGAGGCCGGUGCUUUAAAGACCAAAUCCAAUUUUUGCUUGUAUUGCAAAAAAAUGCAGACAGUUAUCAGUCGUCAUUUAGAGAAAGUCCAUGACGAUAAAUCCCCAGUCAAAAGAUUCUCCAAAAUGAAUAAAGGUUCUGACGAAAGGAAGCAAAUAAUAGAAGCUUUGAGACUACAGGGAAAUUAUAUAUUCAAUACGGAUAAAAGAUAUAAUACAACUGGAAAAUUGCUGGUAUCGCGAAGACCGAAAACGAAGAGAGAGGCCGCAGAGUACAGAACAUGUCACAAUUGUAAGGGCUGUUUCUCGAAAAAAACUAUCAGACGUCAUUUUAAAAUUUGCGUAGGAACGUCUAGCAAACAUAAACGCUCCAAUAUAGUUCUUUCUCGAAGAAUUGAAGGGAGAAUUCACAAUGAUGCGAGUAAACGGCUCGUUGCAGUAUUUUCAAUAUUACGCGAAGACGACGUCAUCAGAUUGGUGAGAUACGAUGACCUACUUAUCAGAUUUGGGAAUUGUAUGUGCGAAAAGUACAGAAAGCAGCAACAAGAGUCGAUGAUAAGGAAUCGUCUGAGAACACUCGGCCGAUUGUUGCAAGUUAUGAAGGAAAACAAUCCAGCUGUGACUGACUUCAAGUCGAUAUAUCAUCCCAAACUGUAUCGAACAAUGCUUCAAGCAGUUAAAAUGAUGGCAGGAUAUGACGAAGAAACUGGCGAAGUUAAAACUCCUUCGAUCGUAGUCAGUAUCGGUAUUUAUAUCAAAGCAGUUGGUGAGCUAUUAAAAUUGUGGACGAUCGAAAACGAUGAUGAUGAACAUCAGAAACUUGUUGAGAAAUAUCUGUUUUUGCACAAAUCUCAAUACAGCAUCAGUGCAAACAGAGUCGCCCUUGAAGAACAAGCCAGAAAGCAUCGUGAGCAAACUAAACCGUUACCGACAACGGAAGAUAUCAAAAAACUAUCCGAUUACGUAGUAGAAAAUCGAAGAACCGCAUACAAAAAAUUGACUGAAAAAUAUUCUUAUGACGAAUGGUUGCGCCUCCAACAAUAUACGUUGAUAUCUAUUCAGAUAUUUAAUAGACGAAGAGCGGGCGAAAUCGAGCGAGCUAUGGUAAGUGAUCUGAAACAACUCGAAAAAAUCAACGAAACCACAAAACCUGAUGUGUACAGAAAGCUCACCGAGGAGCAGAAAAAAAUGGUGUCUCUGUACAGCCGGUUUAUUAUCGUCGGUAAGCUGGGUCGUGACGUACCAGUUUUACUGGAUAAAGAAAUGGAGAACGCUCUGGUUUUAGUACUACAACAUCGACAAGCUGCCCGAGUGCCAGCGAAAAAUCCAUUCGUCUUUGGUAUUCCGGGAUUCGAAGACGGUCGACUAAAAUAUUCGAGAGCAUGUAACCUCAUGCGGCAAUUCGCGCAAGAAUGUGGAGCUGAGAAUCCAGAGAGACUUCGUGGCACAAGCCUAAGAAAACACAUGGCAACUACUUGCGCUGCCGAAAACGUAGAUGAAAACGAUAUCAUGGAUAUCGCAAAUUUUAUGGGGCAUGCCGAAGCGAUACACAGCUCACACUAUCGUCAAUCGGUGGUUUCCCGAGAUGUUGUUGGAGUCGCUAAAUUCUUGCGUUCUGCCAUGGGACACAAUGAGCCCGAAAUUAUUGACACUGAAACAACUUCAAGGCCACCCGAUUCUCCGGCUGACUGCACAAAUGAAGCAAUAGUAAGAGAGGAACAAAGCAGUGAUUUCAAUGAUCGACAAACGAGUACUCCGAUACAGCAACGACAAAAAAAAACUCAGUCACGAAAGAGAAGGUUGACCGUCCAAUUCGAUACAAGCGAAUCUGAAUCGAGUAACGUAUCAGAAUCACCACCGAGAAAAUCGAGGAAAAAGUCGACACAAAAAAAACAGAAAAAUUCCAACACCGUCACAAAUGAAAAAAAAACCAAAAAAAGAUGGUCGCAACGAGAGAAAGAUCUCGCUCUUCGUGCGUUUGGAACAACUAUUAAGAAUAAUAAACUUCCUUCAACGCACGAAAUCAAAAGUUUUUUGUUAAAAAACAAAGAAGUAAUACGUACUGUCGAUCAAGUACGCGCGUGGGCCUCGAAUGAGAAAAAAAAAUGGAAUCAGGAUUUCACUGAUUAAUGUUCAAUUUAAUUGCACUAAACCGUAAUUUUUUAUUUUAUAAAACCAAACAGUCAUUAUUAUAAAAAAUACCAAAGUGAAGGAGAAACGUUUUUAUUUUUAUUUUUUAAUGUUUGGAAACGAAAACAGUUUCGUUAAAUUCAAGUUUUUUAUUUUAUUUAUAGUUUAUUCCAUUGAUUACAACUUUUUCUUUGAAUGAAGUUAAGAAUCAUUUAUAUGAAAAACAAAGAGGAACAUUUAUUUUCUUAAUUUCGCAAUGUUUAUGAACGAAAAAGGUUUCGUUAAAAUUUUUGUUAUGGAAUUCUAUUCACUAUAUCAAAAUCCAAUACUACCGAAAAAAGUGAUAAUUUCAGUUAUUGAAUGCUCCCAUGCGAAAAAGAUUGAGAUAUAUAAAUGUGUUUUUUAUUGAUAUUUUGUACUGCUCAUUUCAUUAUAAAAAAGACGAUUGUAAAAAGAAAACGUCGAAAAAGUUAUUCUUUUGUACUUUCUUUUGUUAAUGUCAAUAAAAAAAGACCUGUGACCUUA